AGAGAGAGAGAGAGAGAGAGAGAGAGAGAGAGCGGGGGGGAAAAACCUCAGUCUCCAUCCACUGACCAUCAGUCCCUCAGAGCGCAACAGUCCCCUGCGCUGCGCUGCGCUGUUUGCAGAUAACUGCAGAGGAGAAAAAAAAAGGAAGGAAGAAAAAACAAACACAAGCAGGAAUAAAGAACUUAUUUUUGCCUGUUUUAUUUGAAAGCUUGCUGCGGUGGAGUCCAUCAGAAUGAAGACUUUUAUUCUCGUUGGCCUGGUUGUUGGAUUGUACGGCGUUUUUGGAAAAGAUAAAGACCAAAAGGGGAAGUUCAGCAUCCCUCGCCUGGACGUGGAGAACGGGCAGCUGGUUGUGGAGGCCAAYCAGACACUGCGGCUCAAGUGCAGGGGUCGCUGGGAGCUGUCCUGGGCGUUUUCCACAGGCGUGGACCAGGAGCAGGUGAAAGUGGUUGAGUCGCGCUGUGGGAGGACCAGUCACCAUUACUGCAGCCAGCUGCRUGUGAAAAACAGCCAGGCCCAACACACGGGCCAGUACCGGUGCCAGUACAAACACAGCACCAAGAAGCAGAGGCCCGUCUAUGUGUAUGUCACAGACAGCCGGCAGCCAUUUGUAGAACACGAAGGAAUGAGCACAGAUGUGUUGUACAUGAAGGUGAAGGAGCCACUGGUCAUCCCCUGCAGGGUCACCCACCCCAACAUCACCGCCACACUGCUCAAGAACUUCUUUACGCCGGUCCCGUUUCCAGGCCCGAACAUCAUUUGGAAAAGCGAGGAAGGUUUCAUCAUCAAAAAUCCCACCUUGUACAACACCGGCCUCUUCAGCUGCCAGACCGUCGUCGACGGCGUCCCUUACAUCUCUCGUUCCUACAUUGUUCACAGACCAGUGAACAACAUCACGGCGGUCUUUCUGAACACCAGCACACAUGUGCAGGCCCUGAAGGGCGAGAGACUGGCCUUGAACUGCACCGCCACCGCAGAGCUGAACACCAGAGUCAACAUCACCUGGGACUACCCUGGAAAGAGCAUCGGCGCCGGCUCCAGUUUUAGGAGGUUGGUGAAACAUCGAAUGCACAUAUUGUCCUACAGCAUCCUAAUCAUCCCAGCGCUCCAGCGCUCAGACAGAGGCGACUACACCUGCCACGUCACCAGCGGCCAGCAACACAAACAGCAGCUGGUCUCCGUGAUGGUCUACAAUCGCCCGUUUUUACGACUCAAGCCCAGAAAUGAAUCUGUGCUGGUGGUCCAAGCGGGGCAGAAAUCUUACAAAAUCUCUCCCAAACUGCGAGCAUUCCCUGCCCCUGAAGUUAUCUGGUUGAAGGACAACAGGAAUGCAAAAGACCAGUGUUCCAGAUACCAACAGGAUGGGACUUCCCUGAUCAUUAGGGAUGUUGCAGAGGAGGAUGCUGGGAACUACACAGUCCGUGUGGAAAUCCAGCAACACAAACUCUACCAGAAUCUCACAUUCACACUCGUGGUUAAUGUGAGCCCUCAGAUUGGGGAGAAAGCGGUGUCGUUACAAGACCCCGGCUCUGUGCCUCGGGGGAGCAGAAAAAAGCUUCACUGCACGUCCCACGGGGUCCCGCUGCCGCACAUUCAGUGGCGCUGGCACCACUGCCCACCUAAAGGCCUGUGCGUGUGUCCAACAUCCUCCUCGUUAUGGAGCCCUGUGAAUGAGAGUCUCCCUGCUUCAUCUGCAUACAACCCCAUCCUGAGUGUUACACACACACAGGAAGUGCUGCAGGGGAAGAAGAAGACAGUGGGGGUUCUGACUGUUGCAGAGGCCUCAGUGUCUGGAGUCUACCGCUGCAUCGCCUCCAACUCUUUAGACACAGAUCAGCUAGACUUCCCCUUCUACGUCACAGAUGUCCCAGGGGGCUUUAGUGUAAAUCAGCUGGAGGAGGCCAGAGAGGGCGGGGACCUCCAUCUCACCUGCUCAGCAAAUAAGUACCUGUACACGGAGUUGUCAUGGCAUCGCGUAAACAACACAGGGGAAUCCCUUAAUUCUGAGUUAAACAGUCGUCAGCCCUCAUUGGGGGAGUUUUCCACGUCUCUAGUUUUGUUGUUAAGCAACCUGAGUGCCGGAGACUCUGGAGCAUACAGAUGCUCCGCUCGCCACGUCAUCACCGRGCAGGAAACACACCUGGAUGCACAGGUGGUGGUCACAAUUCUGGAGCCUCCCGUGCUGCUCACUAACCUGACAGACUGCACCGUCAACGUCAGCAGCUCGGUGACCCUCACCUGUCUGUCUCGAGGGGUCCCGCCUCCAACCGUCACAUGGUAUAAAGAUGAGCGUCCACUACGGCAGGGAUCAGGUAUUGUUAUAACAGCAGGAGACGGGAGCCUCCAUAUUGACAGAAUCACAGUGGAGGACCGGGGUCUGUAUACGUGUCUGGCCUCCAACGAGAGGGGGUCUGCGGAGAGCUCGGCCUACGUAUCAGUCAACAGGAAACUUCUCGGUCGUGGAGCUUUUGGUAAAGUGAUGCAGGCGGCGGCGUUCGGUAUCAGCAACGGUUCCAGCUGCAGGACGGUGGCCGUGAAGAUGCUCAAAGGACCGCUGAUGAUCAUCGUCGAGUACUGUCGCUUUGGAAACCUUUCAACUUUCUUAAAGAAUAAAAGAAACGUUUACUCCCAUAACCGGAGGGAUGGAGGAACAAACGAAGGGCCGAGUUGUGUCAGCAGCAUCAAAMCAGGUCUUAAUGAAAAAGACCCAAAGCACCUUGACCUCGAUCCAAAAUCUUCUUCCAGCUCCCCUCUGUUCCUGGAGGAUCUGAUUUCUUUCAGCUUUCAGGUGGCGCGUGGGAUGGAGUUCCUGGCGUCUCGCAAGUGUAUCCACAGAGAUCUGGCUGCGAGGAACGUUUUGUUGACUGACAAUAAGGUGGUGAAGAUCUGUGACUUCGGCCUGGCGAGAGACAUCUACAAAGACCCAGACUACGUCCGCAAAGGAGACGCUCGUCUCCCUCUGAAGUGGAUGUCUCCCGAGUCCAUCUUCGACAAGGUGUUCACCACCCAGAGCGAUGUUUGGUCCUACGGCAUACUGCUGUGGGAGAUCUUUUCUUUGGGAGCCUCUCCGUACCCCGGCCUCCACAUCGACGAGGAGUUCUGCCACCGUUUGAAAACUGGAACCAGGAUGCGGGCGCCAGAGUACAGCACGCCUGAAAUUUACAGCACGAUGCUGGCAUGUUGGGAGGCGAGUCCUGUGGACCGACCCACGUUCACUAACUUGGUGGAGAUACUUGGAGACCUGCUCCAGGCGAGAGUGCAGCAGGAUGGGAAGGAUUAUAUUCCUCUGGGAUUGUUCAGGAACGGAGACACAAGUCAAACUGAGGCCUUCAAAGAAAGCACACUGGCAGUGACAAACCUGAGCUACAUGAGAGGUAUGGCCACACUUCAGACCUUUGAGGAGGUGACCUGCAAGGAGCAAGACGGCCCUGAAGAUGAGCAGAGCGACAGCGGGAUGGUUCUUCCAUCCGAGGAGCUGCAGCAGGUGAUGAAGAAUAACACAAAGAACAAAAAACUCAGCAGGCUUUUUAUCUUCUCCAAGUGUCGAGACAACYUGGUGCCCUUUUUGCGCAGUGACAUCACAGAUCUCCGUGAGAACAAGCCCUCGACGCUGCCGCCGUGUGACUGGGAGAGUGACGAAGGCAGCUCUCCUCCUCCAGACUACAACUCUGCCUUCUUCUACCCGUCCCUUUAGCUCCUCCUGUUCAGGCCUUCAGUAACUUCACAGGGUUCAUGCGUAGUCUAGGCUCAUUUAUGCUCAGCAAGACUUGAAGAAAUCUGUUCUUGCAAUAGAGUUCUAUAACACCAGACUGAGCCCCGCCCAUCCCGUCCACUGUUAGCAUCUGUGACAACAUGGRGGAGCAAAGAUGGCGACCAAACUGGGCAUCAGCUCACAGCCAUCAAAGCAACUUUUAGAAURUAAUUAGUAGUUACUUGUUGAAAAAGUACAAUUUCAACUAGAUAAUAAAGUUAAAUAAAGUAUAUUUAUUAUUAUUUAGCUAAGUAAUAAUUACUAUUUAUCACUGUCACUUAAAAAAUGACACUGCGUAUCGGAUGAAACUCAUCUCUACUGACAUUAGCUAACCAUCUUAACAGGGCAGGUUUUUCUAAUGGAAACCUAAAAAUUGUUGAACAUAUAUUAUUUUACAUUUUGUAAAAUAUAUAAAAAAUUAUAAUAKAAUAAAUCUAGAGAAGAAGAGUCUGUGGUCAGAAGGUUGCUGGUUCACCGCCUUGGGCCCUUAACCCCUCAGCUGCUCCCUGUGUGCUGUAACUGGCAGCCCACUGCUCCCUGUGUGUGUUCACGUGUGCGAUGGGUAAAAUGCAGAGAAUUAAUUUCCCCUCUGCGGGACAAUAAAGUAUAAUAUAAUCUAAAAAAAAUUUUAAAUGAUAUAAAUUAAGAGGUAAAACCAGCUUGUAAUGUUUAAUAAUUUGUGCUAAAUUCUAGCAUGAUUCAGCAGAGUGCAACACUAACGCUAAUAUCUGCUAACCAACUCAAUAAAUAACUGAUUACAUCGGCUUUAUAAGCAUUUUUUUUUAAACUGAUGCAUUAUCAGCUUCAGUUUUGGUUGGAUCACAUCAAUACUGAGGUAAAUAAGAUAAAAUCUGCUUAGUUGUUAAAAAAGUAAGGUUUUCCUGUUUCCCUUCUGUUGGUACAGCCUUAACACACACAGCUUUAUGACAUUUCUUACAUUAAAUAGCUUAUAUGCACUAUUAUAUGAAUAGUUUCAUUAAUAGUUUUUACAUGAUCAGCCCGUAUUGUUGUAAUGAUAAAUCCAGACGCUCGCCUGGUCUGGUUAGCGCUGAAGCUACAGUAAAUGUGGUCAAAUCUCACUCCUGCUGUUCUAUAGAACUCCAUGGUUCUUGUUGGCGGUUGUGAGACGUUCUUUGUUUGCGUGGACAUUUGCUCYGCCCACAGAAUUCUGACCAGUCACMCAACACUUGGAGCACRCCACUGUGAGAAAAGGUUCUGCCAGGACCUCGUGCACAGAAYGAGAACAACACGUUUUCAUCACGUGACCACGUCAGUGAGAACAGAAUUCUUCACGUCUCGUGAAGUCCAAAUCUUUCUUCUGCUUUUUUACUUUGCCGUUUGCAUCCUCUACCUCGUAAUUCCUGCAGGUGUUCCCGAUGUUCUGUGAAACACAAACAAAACAUGSAAUUUCUUGUUUUUACUUAACACAAUUCCCAAAGUUGAGCUAUGUUCUCCUUCCUAAAGCAGCUCAGUAUUACCUGACAGUAUUCAGCCUUUACCUGUUUGAGCUUCUUGUCUUGGUACCUCCUGCCUGGAGCUUAGUGAAGAGGAUCACUGCUGUAUGAAAUAACCGUUCCUCUUACACAACUAAUAUAUGCUGGAAUAAAAGUUAUACUCAGUUAAACUCACAGUAGACAGAAUGUAUAUCUGUAUUUAUUUUAGAUUUGCAGCCUGGGUGUUUGUUUUUUGUUUUUGUACACCUUUAGUUUCUGGUGGAUUUUAGGACAUGUAACAAGUGAAAUGUGCAGUUUAAUGUUCCUGCAAUAAAAUCUGCUUUUAUUGAA